AUGCCAUCCUCGAGUACUGAUGAUCGAAAACGAGAGGAGGAAGGCGUACAUAUAUUUAAAGGGGAGAAAUCAGAGGUUGAACGUCAAUCUGAUAUCGAUAGAGUCAAGUUUGUGGCUAAGAUGUUUAUGGAUAGUCGAUUUGGGUUGAUGGAUGAUUUGAAUUAUGAUCUACCGGUUACAAAUUAUUCAGCACAGGAUUCUUCAAUUAAUGAUUUCAUGGAGGUAAAACCUGAUUUAGCAACAAACAAAAAAAAGCAAGAUACUGCUAUUACUUCGAAGCUGAUCAUACCUAAAUCUGUUCGAGUUAAUGCCAAUAGGGUUAAGAAUUAUCUGGAUUAUUAUUACGCAAUGAUAGAAAAAAAUAUUAAUAUGAUACCAGAGGAAAAUGUUCACGAGGGGGUAGAUGGUGUUUACAACCCUUUACAAAUUAUUAGAAAUAGGAAGUUGAGAGAAAAAUAUGAUGAACUGCCACCUAGAGCAUUGUUUAUAUCGAAGUCUCCAGUAAUUGCUGUGAAACAAUUUUCUUCGAAAUCAAAUAAGAAAUUUCCAUGGUAUGUUGAUAUUAGUGAACGGUCUAGUGAUAUGAUUUGGCGUACGACACAUUGGCAUGAAUUAGUGGGGCAUAAUAAAGAGUUAUUAUUUCCUCCAGAAAGGAAACAAAACAAUAAUAAUGGCCAUAGCCGCAAUCACAUGCAUCUAUUACAUACUGGCCAUCACACAAGACCGCCAUUAACACCUGCAAAUAGUGCCACAGGUCUUUCACAGAUGCCCAAUCUUUCUAAGGAGAAUUCAGAUUUGACACCUUACGAAAGCCCAAUCUCAUAUGAUUCUAGUCACCAUACUAGUGAAGAAAAGUCUAAUAACAUUCCUGAUAAAUCAGGAUCACCUGAAAACAAAGAAAGGAAAGUAGACCAAGGUUCAAGCGACAAUUUGAAACCUAAGAAGAUCGAGAAGAUUAUCGAAAAGUCUAAGAAGUGGUCCAGAUCUCCAUCAUUUCGAAGAAAGAGUCAUAUAUUUCAAGAGACUCCAAGUACUACAUCUUUAAAUAGAUCCAUGAAGUCAAAUAGCGUUUACGCUUCAUUUGUUGACAACAUUAAUUCAGGACCCCCAAUGUCACCAGUUGACGAAUUGGACCCAAAACUAAGAGAAAGCCCAUUAAAAGAUAUCCAAAUACGUAACAUUAGGAGUAAGAAUAAUCUUUCUCAACCUUCAUCUCGUGAAAUCUAUUCGAAUGAAAAUGCUAUCGAAAGUGAAGAUGAAUAUGAUUCUGAAAAUGGAGAAAAUAUGCUAAAGGAAGAACAAGAGAAAAUCGUUCCUUCCAAUAAUGACAUAGUUCUAGACGCAAGAUUACAACAAUAUUGGAGAGAUGUUAGAUAUGUAAACUCUACAAUCGAUUUUUUCCAACAUAGGAUGAUUACCCAUAGGAAAUACAAGAAAAAAGAAUUAGAAAUAAGAAAUAAGAUCAAUUUUGAUGAUGAUAUAAAUGAAGUUAUUCAUUCAACCUCGGAUGUUUUGAAUGUCUAUAAUAAUAAAUUAGAAAAUGUGAUAAAAGAAGGUAAUGAAUGGAAUUCUAAAUGGUUAAAUGAUUAUUCUGCAAGGGUAGAAACAUUAAUAUCAAGUACAGAUAGAAUUAUCAGUGAUAUUAGUACCACUCUAACGUUGAAAUUAAAAUUAUUCCAAGAGAAUGCUGAAAAAUUGGAAACUGUUAAAAGUAUGCGUUCGAGACAAAUUACUAAACUGGGCUAUAGAAUUCUUGAAUUUUUCAUUAUUCUAAUAUUGUGGUCUAUAUGGUUAGUUGUCAGCAUUAUUAAAGAUAUCAAAUAUUUGGGGAUUUUAGUUUUAAGGGUAAUUAAGUGGACAUUAUGGUGA